AUGAGCUGCCCAUCACUAUCAGUAGAUCCCGAUUCCCCUUGGGAUGUCAAUUACCCUAUUGCGAAGAACCGGACGCCGUCCACGAUAUCCCGGGAUGAAGUUCUCACGAUGUUACAACAAGGGCAGAAGCCCGGAAAAGACUUCAUUCUCGUUGAUCUUCGCCAGGUUGAUCACACAGGCGGGACUAUUCGUGGUUCGAUUAACUUGCCCGCACAGAGCUUAUAUCCCACUCUUCCUACACUCUACACACUGCUGGUAAGCGCAGAUGUCAGAUGCAUCAUAUGGUACUGCGGCUCCUCGCGGCAUCGAGGGCUUCGUGCUGCCGCUUGGAUGGAUGACUAUAUCAAAGAGCAUGGGAACCCGAGCAUUCGGAGCUUCGUGCUACUCGGGGGCAUUAAAGGGUGGGCGAAAGCUGGAGUUGAGUACACAAAGCUGAUGGACGAGUAUCAAGAGGAUGCCUGGCGUUAG